AUGUCUUUCAGCUCUCAGAUUGUUGCAGCAGCAAAAACUUUGUUUUACUCUCAGGAGGUGAUCAAAGAGGAAAUGCUCAACUUUAUGAAAGAAUUCCAUACCAAUGGUGGAUUGACUACAAGACUAAAUAGCACUUUCAUCACACUCAUACCAAAGAAAAAUAAAGCUAUCAAUCUAAAUGAGUAUAGACCUAUAAGUCUGGUUGGUGCAGUAUAUAAACUCCUCUCUAAAGUUCUUGCUACUAGACUAAAAAGAGUCUUGCCCACAGUUAUUGGUGAUUCACAAUCAUCUUUUCUGGGAGGAAAGAGUAUACUUGAUGGAAUUUUGAUUGCAAAUGAAGUUGUGGAUGAAGCACUAAAUAUUCUUCAUCAGAGAGCUAGAGAGUUGAGAUUGCUAAAAAGGGCAGUUAUUGGUGCCAUUCAUGUAGUGAUCUCUUAUUUGCAAUUUGCCGAUGGCUCUUUACUAUUCUGUGAAGCUAAGCUGUCAGAAGUUCUUUACUUGAAGAGGAUCCUAAGGUGCUUUGAAAUAGCUUCAGGGCUUAAAAUCAACUAUCAUAAAAGUGUGCUUUGUGGGAUUGGUACUUCUGAUUCUGUCCUUAGUGACUUUGCCUCCUUGUUGAAUUGCAAGGCUAAAAAAUUACCACUUAACUAUCUAGGAUUGCCUUUGGGUGCUAGUCCUCAGAGGAAGAAGACAUGGAAACCUGUUAUUGAUAAAUUUAAAAUAAGGCUUGCUGGCUAG